AUGGCCAACUACUUCUGGGAGCAAACCGAACGACUGCUGUUGAAUGCACUGAUCGCUGUGUUCAUGGCGCACAAGUUCAAGAAGCACUUCUUCAAACGCUUCGACGAAACUAAGGUCGAAUCUUAUCUACGAAUCGAAAGAACAUUCGAAAAUCACGCGAUAGAAUUGAUCAAUCGAGCGCAACAACAUGAUCCAUGCCGAACAUCCGAGCUGAUGGAAUCAGAGAGUGAUCCGUAUUGGCCGAAACUCAGCCUAAUGGAAAUAGCAGCCGCUGGUAAUGCUAAGGAAUUUCUCGGAACUGAGGCAUGCCAGAGUGAAAUAUUUCGCAGAUGGAAUCGAGGUUACGAGUGCAAUCGAAAGAAAUACCUUGCCGCAUUCAUGUUUCCACCGUUAAUUUUUUUCGACUUUUUUGUUCGUUUUGAUGAGGAAAAUGCUGCCGCUAAAUGGCAUUCAAAAGAUCCGACCGUCUAUCGUAAAAUGGACAGGUGUCCACAAUUGCAAUCUUCCUUACAAUCAAAUAACCAAUGCAGGUUAUCACAUUUUUUGCGCCCUUCUCAAAUCGUUCUGCAGUAUUAA